AUGCGGAAGUUUGCGAUAAAAAGGCCGGUAUUGUAUCUAAUCGCAUAUGUGGUCAUAUCUUGCAUUCUAUUGCCUUCGGUGAAUCUGCGAUGGAUUCAGACUUUAGUCCACAAAACCAUUUACUACGGAUGUGCCGGAAUUUUCAUAAUUCAUGGAGGUAAAGAAUUUAUUUCGAUUUUUUGCUUCAAUACGGUUGGUUUUGCAUAUAACAAGGGAUCGGCAAAAGCGCGCAUCCUGGUUUUUUCUUGAAACAUGUACCAUUUGAAAGAGCGUAAAAAACUGGUCUAGGAUCACAUUUUAUUAGGUUGAUACAAAAGUUUUUACACAUUUUUUUGAGACAGUUCAAAAUAAAAUUCCUGGAGCCUGAUUGAAUGUACGUUAAAACUGAAAGCAUAGAUGUAUGGGGCAGACCAUUGCAAAAUUUUUGAUUCGUAGCAUUUUAUUUUCUACAAGCGUUCUUUCAGAAUAUUUCAAAAAUACUAAAAAUUUCUUCGUUUGUGUCAUGGUGAAUAUCCUGGGCCCUAGCAAUUUUCCAGCCCACUAAAAAGUCUCGGGUUUUGGGUUAUUCGUACUGGGGAUGGCUGUAGUUUCUUUUCAAUUUAUUGCUCUACUUAUAUCUACACUGACGUUUUUUGUAGCAUCCCAUAAAGUUGGCCGGAGAGCCGAGCUACCGAUCAAAAGCAGAUUUUUAAAAAUUUUUUGAAAGGAGUUAUAUUUUUUUGACUCGGCUGCCAUUCAGGUUGUAGAAAGACAGUAUGCUGAUGAUACAUUCAAAAAGUCACCAACUGAAAUUGCCUUAUAAGGUAGAAAAGUAGCAUAAACUGCACUUUUAGGCGAAUUUUUGUGAUUUUUUUAAUGGUAUUUCAAGAGGACCUUCAGCUUAGCGCGUCUAGCAACUGAUAGUGUAUGUCAAGUAGGAUCAAUUAUUUAUUAAAUAACUAGGAUACCGGGCGAGAGUAAUGAACAGAAAACGUUUUUGUAAAAAUCCCCUAAAUUACGUAAAAUAUUGGUAGAUUAAAAAGAUUCGAUUUUUCUGCCGGAUAGCUAAAGCUAGCGCGAAUGUUUAGCAUUGGCGUUGUAGUGCUACUCAUACACUACAAUAACAGAAAGCGUUAUCACUUAGUGCUUCUAAUAGCUGCGUCUACAGGGUCUACUUUUGCCAGACCCUAAUUUUUGAUUUUUCGCACUAAAAAUUUUUCGACUAGCCCUAUAGUAAAUUGUCCUCGAUGCCAUAGAGAUUACAUACAGGCAUACCAUAUUCUAGAAUAUUAAGAAGAUACAGCCACUCUAGACGUAACGCCGGCGGUUUACUUUUUCUUCCUUCGAGUAGUUAAGGUUUAACACGGCGCUACUACUACAAAUUGCUGAGUUGUAAAAAGUUAUUAAUCUACUAUAAUCUACAAACAGCCCUCUUUCUAACAAGAUAUAUAUCAGGCCCACUGGCUUUGGUCUAAAUUUUUUAAAAUUUUUUAAAGACAUGUGUAAAAACUUUUGUAUCAACCUAAUAUUAGCUGCUAUUUUUGCUCUACGCCUUCGCUAGCGAGCAUUAUUUAGUUCUAGGCUUAUUUCACCCUUUUUACGAGGAAACAAAUCCGAACGAUUUCCAAAGCACAGCGCGGCGGUGCUUCGGUGGCCUAGUGGUGAAAUGCGCUGAACGAGGCGAACCUGCGAACCGGGUUCGAAACCUCUUUUGAUUUUUUUUGAUUUUCUUUAUAUUGCAAACCAAAUAAGGCCUGGAAAUAGUGUUUGAGUGUCGUGUAGACAUUUGUGGUAUAAUCGGAUUAGUUUUUUAAGAAAAAACGGAGAUUUUUUAAAUUCUUUCAUUGUUUGUAGUACUUGCCCUUGAAGUGGGUAUCUUUUAUGGCUGGAACUUUCAACGACUUUCAGAUUUUUACGAAUUAAGCCCAGUAACGGAAAGUACGUGAAAAUUGAGUCUGAAAACGGUUUACAUGUUUUCUACCCGCUAUGUUGCAUUGGGUUACACGACCUAAAAGAUCGCGUGAUCACACAUUGUGAACAUGGACUUGGGUAUCUCAAGGUCGGAAAAAAGUGUGUAUUCUUUGGCAUAGGGUGAAGCGUUGGACGUCAUAGGUACGUAUGGGACAUAUGAAAAGUAAUUAUUGAAUCUUUUUAGCCGUUCAGAAGCAAUGAGUCGUGAAAUCCAACCGGGAUUUUUUAAAAAAUGUUCGCUAGCUAGGACGUAGAGCAAAAAUAGCAGCUAAUAAAAGGUGAUCCUAGACCAGUUUUUUACGCUCUUUCAAAUGGUAUAUGUUUCAAGAAAAAACCAGGAUGCGCGCUUUUGCCGAUCCCUUGUAAGGGAAAUUCUGAAGGCGCGACGAUCAAAUUUUCUUUCAGUUCUGCACACAGCUUUUGUCCAGGUCAUGUAUAAAAUCCGGAAAAUUUUAACUAGCGCAUGGCAGAGGGCCAACGACAGUUCGGGUCGACGAUACUUUGAGGUGCCUCAAUUUGCCAUUGUAUGCGUGGGGAAGGCUUGGAGAAGACGAUCAGGAUAAUUUAUCAUAUUUUUUAAAGUAUUUCGCAUGCAUGUAUUACUGCCAUAAUAGCCGGAUCAGACUUACGGAUCUUCGCUUUUUGGAGUACGUUUUGGUCUUUUCCACAAUAACUCAGGAUUAUGAAAACUAGAGUUAGUAAUAACUAAAAUCAAAGAAAGUGGCUAUAUUGUGAGUCUUUGCCAAGUCUCCGCCGAGUCAUUCAACGGGGUUCACAGACCUCGUAGGCACCUCCUGCCACCCUUUUGCGGCUCUUCAUCUGUCCUAGGCUUCGUAUCGAUCGAUUUAGUGUUCACCCGAACCGUCGUCGAUCCGAAAAGUACACCAAAUUUGCGUCAAGUAUCGGAGCGUGGCACGUCAAACUGAGAGAAGCUAAAACGACCCCGUGAAUGAACGGAUUGGCAAUUCUCCAAAAAGAGAUACGAAAAAGGUUUUUGUCGGGGAAAAAAUGGGGAAUUUUUGGGGCGAGAGAGCUUUUGCGCGAGAAGACAGAGAGAAAAGUCUCUGUCUUCUCUGUGAAAUGUAGACGAAGUGUAAAAAACCGAUAGCGAAGGGACUAUUCCGCUCAUCGGAUUCCUCAGUUUGACGUGCGUGUGGCACUUGCCUUGCAGACUUCCCUGCUUUAUUUCGCAUUUUCAGUUCGAUUCGUCACCGCUCUGGCUAGUCCAUUCAUUUCUGGGGCCGAUCGAACCUUGGUUCUCCUUCCUCGAAUCGAUGCCGACGUCAACUUCAAACACUCGUUUAUGCCGUUAUACGAAUGGAGAGCAGUUCCACGAAAGGAGAAGCAGUUGUAUUAG